CGGAAACGUAUUGUGGUCGAUGACGUCAGAAUGGCUCCGGUCUGUAAUGGCUGAACAAAAACAAACCCUAAGGAGAAAGCCAAACUUUUCGCAACUUCCACUGGGCCAUUAAAAAGUUGUAAAGAGUAUAUUGUUUCUUCACUGUGUGUCUUACGGCCCUUUUAUUUACUUGUCCCGGAUGAGGGAUUACUAAUGGAUCCCAGAUAUGACAUACCGCGGAGGGCCGCCGCCGGUGGUGGCGGUGGCUCCGCGAACUCGUCGCCCGCUCUGGGAGCUCAAUCGCGCCGCAGGAAGAUUCCUCCGAGACCCGCUGAUUUUAAACUGCAAAUUAUCAUAAUCGGCUCCCGUGGUGUUGGUAAAACGAGUCUUAUGGAAAGAUACACGGACGACACUUUCUGUGAAGCCUGCAAAUCCACAGUAGGAGUGGACUUCAAAAUCAAAACAGUUGAGCUGAGAGGGAAGAAGAUAAGACUUCAGAUCUGGGACACCGCAGGACAGGAGAGGUUCAACAGCAUCACCUCAGCCUAUUACAGAGGUGCCAAGGGAAUAGUGUUAGUCUAUGACAUCACCAAGCAGGAGACCUUCGACGACCUCCCCAAAUGGAUGAAAAUGAUAGAUAAGUAUGCGUCAGAGGAAGCAGAGCUCCUUCUGGUGGGAAACAAGCUGGACUGUGAGACAGACCGUAUCAUCUCCAGACAGCAGGGGGAGAGGUUUGCCUCUAGAAUCAGUGGAAUGCGCUUCUGUGAAGCCAGUGCUAAGGACAACUUUAAUGUGGACGAGAUCUUCCUAAAGCUUGUAGAUGAUAUUCUUAGCAAGAUGCCUCUGGAAGUUCCCAACAAGGAGCUUUCCAACAGUGUCCUGUCUCUGCAGCCUGAACCGGAAGUGCCUCCAGAGUUGCCCCCUCCUCGCAUACGCUGUUGCUGAGACGGGUCCCCGUCACACAAGCACACUUAGAACUCAUGUUACAAGCAACAAUUUGGCCACAAGGGGGCAGGACACUGCAACAAUUUAAACAUGUUACUUCCUGCUCUUCAAGUGUAUAGAUUUUUGACUACCCAGUAUUAUCUGCUCUGCUUUUUUUCCCUCUUCCUCUGUUUUGUAACAGGACUCGUGCCAAACUAACAUCUAAUCAGCUGAAGAAGCCUCUUGGAUGAGAGGUGGUCUUCAGAAAAAAAAAA